AUGUAUUGUAUUGCAGAAAAUAUCCAAGGACGUUACAAGUAAUGGGCACUUAUACGCACCCCCAAGAUAUGCAAUUCCUUGUGAACUUCUACGAAGUUCGCGUAUCACAGUUAAGGAAGCGUUGAAUUGAUGUCCUUGGAAUUACAGUUUGUGAAGGAUCUACACGUUGACCCAACGAUUUCCGCUCCUUGGGAGUUCCAUUUCCUUUCGAUUGGUCACUUUACAUAUUUCGAGGCUAUCUGACCUGUUACUCUCACGUCCUGCUUCGCGCUACUAAUAUACUGCAGUCCUUCAUGUCUCCAUGUUGACAACUUAUAUCCAAGCGUCCACGACUCCACGCCAACAGGAUGCUUUCCCGUUUGAAUCUGCUCCCUAGGUUUCGACAUGUACAGCGAAGCUAUGUCACGUAUUCGUGCAUCUAUCUAUCGAUGUGGGUCUACAUACGCAGAGCAUGGUGGCCAUGGACGACUCCAAAUUCUGACUUGAUGAGUUCUCGACGCUCAACGUCGAGCAAUGACUUUAGCCAUGAGACCAGGUCAGCUGGGUCUUUACUGGAGAUCUUAAAGUGCUUCCAACUACCCGUAUUGACUGGUCGAGCAAUGGUCUCUCCUCUAGUGUUGCUCAUUUCCGUCGUGGCAGCUAUUCAAACCCAUGCGUGGACUGUGUUUGUUGUUCCUCAUACAGCGGGACAAGAUGACGCACCUGCUCUUAUGAAUGCGCUCGCAGUUGGAAAUAUCUCCACUAAUGGAACAAUACUUUUCUCGAAGGGUGUAACUUAUAACAUCCUCACGCCCAUCAAGUUCCCUGUUUUGAAUAAUGUUGAGAUAAGGAUCGAAGGUAAUCUCACAUACUCGGACGAUAUCGUGGCAAUACAAGAUAUUGUCGGGUCCUCGAACUUUCCAGGAGCAUGGUUCACCUUUACCGGCGGCCACAAUGUCACCCUUCGAGGCUCCACCGAUCCCAAAUGGGGCUGGGUAGAUGGUCAUGGUCAAGCCUGGUGGGACGCGAAUCAGCAGGUGAAUCGACCGCACGGGUGGGCUUUCAGCAAAAUUAGCAACGGCGUCAUUCGUGACAUGAAGUUAUGGAAGCCAAUUGCAUGGAACUUUGCUACCAGUGGUUCUUCAAAUGUACAUGCUUUCAACAACAAGAUCAUCGCGGUGUCGAAUACUGAUUCAUUCCCCUUCAAUACUGAUGGAUUUUCCGCCGGUGGUACGGACUUACUUUUUGAGGGGAAUCAUAUUGAAAACGGGGAUGACUGUCUGACGGUCGGCAAUGGUGCUAAAAAUAUCAUUUUCCGUAAUAGCUAUUGCGAAGGCGGUCACGGCCUUUCCAUCGGCUCUUUAGGGAACGGAGGUCAAGUAGCCGAUGUUCAGAACGUGCUAAUCGAGAAUGUUUUCAUGAAAAAUACCCUGUACGGUGCAAGGUUCAAGAGUUGGACAGGCGGAAAUGGGCUGGCUCGCAACAUCACUUGGAAAGACAUUGCAUUCCAAAAUGUCCCAUUCCCUAUAUAUAUCACUCAGAACUACUGGGACCAAGGGGUUGGGCCAAGGCCAAAUACCACCGGCACUAAUAACACACAUAUCCAAGACUUCCUCUUUCAGAACUUCGUCGGAAUCAUUGAGGACAAGCCUUACAUUGAGGGAUCUUGUGUCAGCGAUCCUUGUUGGUAUGCUGUCCCAGGUGCUACGGGUAAAGAAGUUGCCAUUCUCGACCUGUAUCCGGACACCGCUACGAACGUUGUAGCAAAGGACAUCUUUCCUGUCACAGAGACUGGCGCAAAGGUUGCUGUUAUGUGCAAUCCUUCAACGGUUUCAAACGAUGUAGGCUUCCGAUGUUGGAAUGGACCUUUCGUCCGUACCAUAGCAGGCUUGUAGCAAAACCCUUGUACAAUGUUGUUGGGUCAUUUCGUCUGUGAUCUUGGAUUACCGUCG